AAGUCUUCUCCCAUGCUGAGCCCAAUAUUCCCCCUCGGUCUGGUCUGGUCUAGUGGUCUCUCAUCUAUUUUUAGCUGCAGACUCAACAGCCGAUGGGGAAGGGAGGGCGCAGGGCAGCCACAGUGCAACCCCACCAUCAAAAACAGCCCAAAUGAAAACAACAUCAAAUUUUUGAAAAGAGAGGCGGGGGGAGCUGGCCUGGGCUGGCUCAAGCACCUUCUCUCCCUAGCAAACACCAGGUCUAAGAUGUGGCUGUUUAUAGUAGUGGCAUGCCUAAUCCCACAGGUUACAUUUUCAAAAGGACUCAUAAGACAUCAGAAUCCUCAACAAUCUAUGUCUAUUAGUGAAAUAAUCCAAUAUUGGGAAUACCCCAGUCAAGAGUAUGAAGUCCUGACAGAUGAUGGCUAUUACCUACAGGUAAACAGGAUUCCCAGUGGAAAACAUGCUCCAAAUAAAAGAGGGCCUAAACCAAGUGUAUUACUGCUUCAUGGUUUUGGAGCUGAAGGUAGGUGCUGGAUUGCAAAUCUUCCCAAUAACAGCCUGGCAUUCGUUCUAGCAGAUUCUGGCUAUGAUGUCUGGAUACUAAAUAAUAGAGGGACUACCUGGUCUAGAAGACACAAGACACUUUCAAAUAACCAAAAUGCAUUUUGGGAUUUCAGUUUUCAUGAAAUGGGAAUGUAUGAUGUUCCAGCAACAAUAAACUUCAUUCAGCAGAAAACUAAGGUAGAAGGAUUAUAUGUUAUUUCCCAGGCCCAGGGUAGUACACUAGGUCUUAUUGCCUUUUCAGCCAUGCCAGAGCUUGCUAAAAAAAUCAAGUUAUUUGUCUGUUUAGCUCCAACCUACACAAUGGUGGACAUCAAGGGACCUACUCUACCAUUUAUGCUACUCCCUGAAGGAUUCAUAAGACUUGUGUGGGGAAAUAAAGAAUUUUCUCUUCUUAAUAAAGAAAUGAAAAAAGCCAUUUCCACGCUGUGUAGCUACAAAGGACUGGACAGAAUAUGCCUUGAGUUCAUUUUCAUGAGUGAAGGACGUAACGAAAACAACCUAAAUGUGAGUCGAGUAGAUGUUUAUCUUGGAUUGUUUCCAGAUUCUAGUUCUGUAAAAACACCAAUACACUGGAACCAGGUUUUUAAAUCCAAAGAAUUUAAACAGUUUGAUUAUGGCAGUAAUAACAAAAUUAUGUACAACAUGACCACUCCUCCAUUUUAUAAAAUAGAAGACAUGACUGUGCCAACAGCUGUGUGGAAUGGUGGAAAGGACCUUAUGACAAGCAAAAAGGACAUUGAAUUGCUGCUUCCUCGCAUCCCUAAUUUAGUUUUCUACAAGUAUAUUCCUGACUGGCAGCAUGUAGAUUUCCUCUGGGGUCUUGAUGCUCCAGAGCGCUUAUUCCCUGAUAUGCUUUAUCUGAUGAAACAGUACAUAUGAAGGCUCAUAAUAAUAAGUAAUCUGUCUUUAUUCCAUUUUAAUGUGGCAAGAAAAAAAAUUGGUAGACAUUGUGGCUCUAGCCUAGCUCCUCAUGGCAUAGUGCACAGUGGGGAGGAUGAAUUUUGAGGAUCCUUCCCUCUCUCUAAGCACCAUGUGCCUUGCAUGGAUAUGUCCCUGAGGGCAAUGCAGCCCUCAGGGACAUCCUUUUCAGGUGACACAAGGCAUUUCCAGGAGAAGAAAUGGGGUAGCGAAUUUCACCCAUCCCUUCUUCCAUCAGAAGUGCUUUGUGCAACCUGAAAGUACGUUCCUGAGGGCUAUAUGGUGCUCAGGAACAUAUUUACGCAAGGCACAGGGCACUUCGAAGAGAAGGAAGGAUUCAUGAAAUUAUUUGUCCCCACUGUGCAUUGCCUUCAUGGGGAAAGCUUUCCUAGUAGCCACAGUGCUUUCAGUUCUACACCUCCUACAGUAAUUAAGCUUUCAGCCUAUGCCUUGAAAUCUUGACUUUUAAUCCAUUUCUGAACUGUAUUUUAACUACUCAGUAUUCACCACUGAACAUCUACUAUGCAGCAUUCAGGAUGCACAAGCAAAAUAAUUUGUGUGUGUUCCAAUUAAAUAAUUGAUUGA